GUUCAUACCCGCCCUCAAGGCGUGGGUCUGUUGUCCCAAAUUGCACCCAACCUUUGCUUGUGUCUUCACCGCUGCUAUUAGGUCAAGCGCUGGCAGCAAUGCUUGCAGGGGGGUUAAGGGGGGCGCUGGGACUCAGCCGGGUGGCGUCGGGCGAGCGGCGAACAGCGGCGCCGCACACCCCACGUUGCCCCGCCGACAGCGCCCCUUCCACUAGCAGCUCCCACCUCGCACUGGACCCAGCGCCAUAUAGUUCAUCCUGCCAUCGCAGCCGCACUAGCUGCAUCGCCAGCACCAGUAGCAGCAGCACCGGCACCACCAGCACCGGCAGUAACAACUCCGGCCGCGCCAGCAGUCCAGCCGGCGGCAUCACAGUGCCCCCAGCCAUCCUCACGAAGUCCGCCGUGCGCCGCACCUCCAGCCCGAACUCCGUCAUCGUGCAUAACCUGCGGCUAAAGCUGGGCUCACGAGACGUCAAGCGGCCCGUGCUCAACGGCGUGGACCUGCAGGUGCGGCGCGGCUCGCUACACAUGCUGCUGGGCCCCAACGGCUGCGGCAAGAGCACGCUGCUCAAGGUGCUGGGCGGGCUGCUGGUGCCGGACAGCGGCCUCAUCGACGCCGACCAACCCAGCGGCUUCGUGUUCCAGAACCCCGACCACCAGGUGGUCAUGCCCACGGUGGCGGCGGACGUGGCGUUCGGGCUGGGCCGGUACGUGCUGGCGGAGGAGGAGGUGACGGCGGCGGUGCGGUCCUCGCUGCGGCUGGUCAACAUGGAGGACUUCAUGUACAGGGCCACACACACGCUAUCGGGAGGGCAGCGCCAGCGAGUGGCCAUCGCAGGCGCGCUGGCUGAGGACCCCAAGCUGCUGCUGCUGGACGAGCUGACCACCUUCUUGGACCGCGAGGACCAGUUUGGGGUGCUGGGGGCGGUCAAGAACAUCACCUCGGAGCGCAAGGAUGUCACGGCCAUCUGGGUCACGCACAGGUUUGAGGAGCUGCAGUUCGCGGACGCGGCCAGCUACAUGGAGAACGGGCGGGUGGUAUUCACGGGGACACCGGACGAGGCCAAAGCCUACAUGCGCAAACUGGGGGCGCCUGUGUAAUCUGGCCCAGUGCUCUGAGCAUUUCGGGACCAUUCUGUUGUCACCGUCCCCGCGCUUCGAGCCUCGGCUCUCUAGGGCAGGAUGUUUAGCGCGCUGUCCAUUAGUUCCUGCUGUGGGCGGAACACGGAAGUUCUACGACACACAAGUAUAUAACCCUGCGGACGGCGCCCUGGGGCAUCUAGAUGUGUCUUUUGCCGACUACCCUACUACAGACAAAACGGUUGCCAAAGAAGGUACUCUCUAUGCUAGCGUGGUGACUGCCCGGGACGUGCAGUCCAGAAGG